AUGCCGUCUCUCCAGCAGGUAAAAGAUGCGAAUCAGCAUCUGAAAAACGCCAAACCCGGAUUGGUCGCAGUUUUUGGCUGGCCAGCGGGUGGGACUAGUGGAAUCGGCGAAAGCACUUGCAAGGAAUUUAUUCGCAAUACCAUCUCCCCGAGAGCAUAUAUAAUCGGUCGGAACAAGCUCGAAGCAUCAAGGAUAAUAAAUGAGUUAAAGGAAAUCAACUCCGAGGCCGAAAUACACUUCCUCGAGUGCGACCUAACUUUGCUCCGCAAUGUGGACCAAGUUUGCAACGAAAUUACAGAGAAAGAGAAUUUGAUCAACCUGCUGUUCAUGAGCGCGGGCUUCUUGAGUAUGAAGAGACAAGAAACAUCGGAGGGGUUGGACCGUAUGAUGACUAUCCAGUAUUAUUCAAGGAUGCGACUAGCCGUCAAUCUGAUUCCUGCCCUUGCCGCUGCGUCCGCUGCAGGCGAACCUGCUCGAGUGCAUUCGGCUCUUAACGCUGGCAAGGAAGGGAAAAUAUUUUUGGAUGAUCUUCCGCUAGAGAAUCACUUCAGUUUGAAGAAUUCUGCUACUCAGACUACCACAAUGACCACGCUAGCAUUCGAUCAACUUGCGCUAGCUCAUCCAGAUAUUAUCUUUAUCCAUACGUCUCCUGGUAUUGUUCGUACCAACAUCACCAAGGGAUUUGGGCCUGUCAUCAGUUCUAUCAGUGGUGCUUUUCUCAUUCUCUUAGCACCUUUCUUGACAACACCCGUGCAAGAGAGUGGACAGAGACAUCUCUACGCUGCCUUGAGUAAGGAUUAUCCGCCCGUGGACUCAGAUAGUUCAAAACGUCAUGUACAACGACUGAACAGCAAGUCCGAAUUUUGCGGGGAGAACUCUGAGUUACAAGAGAAUACCGGAAGAGCAAUGUGGGUCCGCAAAUUUGGGAGCAUACGUUGCAGGUUUUCAGAACAUGUACUUAGUGUUUUCCUUCGGUCGCGAUAUUUGCGUUUGUUUGUAGGUAAUAUGGGUAUUUGA